CACCUCAGAUGCAUGACCUUAUUAGACGCACAAGGUCUGCUCUAUGACCAACAUCGAGUGACACUCCGGUGAGGAGUCUGUCGGAUGUUGCUGGCCACACUGUUGGAAAUCCAGGGGUAACCUCUCCUGUGUUUAAAGGGCAUCCUAAAAAAGCACCGCCAACAUGUUCCGUGGCAAACAGACCCGUGUGCUUCUCCUGAAUGACAUGGAGAGACUGGAGCGCACUCUAUUUCGCUUGGAGCAAGGCUUUGAGCUUCAGUUCCGCCUGGGCCCGACCCUGCAGGGCAAGAGUGUGCAUGUCCACACUGACUACCCAGCACCGGGCAAGAAGUUCGUUGGCUCCAGCUUCCGUCAGCUGGAGUGGGUGAACCCCAGUGGCAGAGAGGAUGACUCAGACAAAUACUGCAAACUGGACCUGGAGAUAGCAGGGUCUUAUCAGUAUUACUUUGGGUGUGGGGAUGAGGAAAGAACCGGAAGUGGCUACAUUGUGGUGGAUCCAGUGUUGCGCAUCGGCCAUGAGAGGAAGAUCCUGCCUCUGGAUUGCAUCACAGUUCAGACUUACCUGGCAAAAUGUCUGGGACCUCUGGAUGAAUGGCUAGACAGACUAAGAGUUGCCAAGGAAACUGGUUACAAUAUGAUCCAUUUCACGCCUCUGCAGAAACUAGGCUUAUCACGGUCAUGCUACUCCAUAGCUGAUCAGUUAGAGCUGAACCCCGAUUUCUCCCCACCUGGAAAGAACUACACCUGGACGGAUGUGGGCAACCUGACAGAGAAACUCAAGAAAGAGUGGAACAUGAUUUGCAUCACAGACGUGGUGUACAACCACACAGCUGCCAACAGUAAGUGGAUUAGAGUCCAUCCAGAGUGUGGCUAUAACCUGGUAAACUCUCCUCAUCUGAAGCCGGCCUGGCUGCUGGAUAGAGCCCUGUGGCACUUCAGCUGUGCCAUGACUGAUGGAAAAUACACCGAUAGCGGCCUUCCACCUCUUAUUGAGAAUGAGAAACACAUUACUAUCCUUCGAGGACUUCUGUGGACGGAAGUUUUCACCCAGCUGAAACUAUGGGAGUUUCUGCAGGUGAACGUUGAGAAAGCCGUGGAGCAGUUUAGGAAGGUUCUUCAGGCUGGUAACAAACCUCUGGGCCCUGAGCUGGAGGGAAAGCCGAAAUUAAAAAUCAUCCAGGAUUCACAGUACAGACGCCUCAGCAACACCGUAGAUAUGCAAAUGGCCCUGGAGAUGUUUGGCAGACACACUGUACUGCACUUUGUGAACAAAAAAUAUGAUUUUCCUUGUACAUAUCAAAACAACAGCAACGGUCCCAAAUCCAUCCAAGAGUGCUGUGAUUGGUUUAAAAAGAGUCUUGAGGAACUGAAUGUGGAAUGCUAUAAGGAAAUGCAUAGUCAUCAUGAGAAGGCUAUAAACUGCAUAGUGGGAACGGUUUUUUAUGAAAGACUUGCCACCCAUGGUCCUCAACUUGGACCUGUCACCCGGACAAACCCUUUGGUGACUAGAUAUUUUACCUUCCCAUUUGAGGACAUGUCCAUGGAGCAGGAAAACCAGCUGAUGCUGAAUCCAAAUGAAGGAUGUCAUGUGCUCGCCCAUAAUGGAUGGGUAAUGGGUGAUGACCCACUCAGAAACUUUGCAGUGGCAGGGUCUAAUGUUUACCUCAGAAGAGAGCUUGUUUGCUGGGGUGACAGCGUUAAACUUCGCUAUGGCGACAAACCAGAAGACUGUCCGUACUUAUGGGCUCACAUGAAGAAGUACACAGAGAUCACAGCCAAACAUUUCUCCGGCGUGCGUCUGGAUAACUGCCACUCCACACCCCUUCAUGUGGCUGAGGCCAUGUUAGCUGCAGCCAGAGCGGUCAGGCCCAAUCUUUAUGUGAUAGCUGAACUCUUUACAGGAAGUGAACAGCUUGACAAUUUGUUUGUUAAUCGGCUGGGGAUAACCAGUCUCGUCAGAGAGGCCAUGAGUGCCGGGGACAGCCAUGAGGAGGGCCGACUGGUGUAUCGUUUCGGAGGGGAGCCUGUAGGGUCAUUCGUACAGCCAAACCUCAGGCCUUUAGUGCCGUCCGUCGCUCAUGCAAUGUUUCUGGAUGUUACCCAUGAUAACGAAUGUCCCAUUCAGGUUCGUUCGGCAUAUGAUGCUUUACCCAGUUCUGCUAUCGUCUCCAUGGCCUGCUGCGCCACAGGCAGCACUAGAGGAUAUGAUGAGCUCGUACCUCACCAGAUUUCAGUAGUAAAGGAAGAGCGUCUGUACCCCAAAUGGAAUCCUGAUGCACUGCCUUCUUCUGUUGGGGAGGUGAACCUCCAGACUGGUAUAAUGGCAGGAAAGCUGGCCCUCAACAAACUCCACCAAGAACUGGCAGAGAAGGGCUUCACCCAGGUUUACGUAGAUCAGCUGGAUGAAGACACUGUGGCAGUGACCCGGCAUUGCCCCAGCACACAUCAGUCUGUUGUGACUGUGUCUCGAACAGCCUUUAAAAACCCAGAAACACACCAAUACAAAGAGCAUCUGGCCCCUAUGUACAUCCCAGGUAAAAUCGAGGAGGUGAUUUUAGAGGCACGCACAGUGGAGAGAAACGCUGAGUCAUAUGUGAAAGAUGAGAUGUGCAUUAAUGGCUUGCCGAACUAUACAGUAGUGAUCCGUGAACAUGUCCAGUUUAAGGACAGUGAAAUUGUAAAACAGGGAGAUGCCAGCACAAAUGGCCGCAAAGAGUUUGUUGAGGAGAUUUUGUUUGAAAAGCUCACUCCUGGUAGUGUAAUUGCUUUCAGGGUGAGUCUCGAUCCAAACUCUCAAAAAAUGGUCGGCUACUUGCGUACUCAACUCUCACAGUUCAACCGGCUGUAUAAAUCCGGCAGUCUGACUGACAGCAAUGUUCCUGGCAUCCUGAAAAUAGCUCUAGAAUUUUUAAUGUCCAAACUGACUCUGGCCGAGCUGAACGUGUUAUUAUUCCGCUGUGAUGCGGAGGAACAGGAAGAUGGCGGUGGCUGCUACAAUAUACCAUCCUGGAUGCCGAUGAAGUACGGAGGCCUACAAGGUUUUGUGUCAGUGUUGUCUGAGAUUCGUCCCAAAAAUGACCUCGGACAUCCGUUCUGUGACAAUCUCAGGCAAGGUGAUUGGAUGAUCAAUUACGUGAGCACACGCCUGAUGAAUAAAGGCGGAGCUCUGCGGGAGGUCGGAAAGUGGUUCAGCGCUGUAUUUACAUACCUCAAGCAUAUUCCACGUUACUUAGUGCCAUGUUAUUUUGAUGCCAUUAUUGUUGGGGCAUAUGCCACGGCUGUAGAUGCCGUUUUCAACAAAAUGUCCAGAUUUGUUCAGAACGGGUCGACCCUGGUCAAGCAGCUGGCCCUGGGGUCAGUUCAGAUGUGUGGGGUGGGUCGUGUCCCUGCCCUGCCGCCCCUCUCCCCCGAACUGGAGGAUGUCCUGGUCCGACUCAACAGUGUAACCAAACAAGAGGAGCAGUGUUGCGUUUCACUUGCUGCAGGUCUGCCACAUUUCUCCACUGGUAUCUUCCGUUGCUGGGGGCGAGACACAUUCAUAGCGCUGCGCGGUCUCAUGCUUUUGACAGGGAGGUACCUGGAGGCCAGAAAUAUAAUCUUGGCCUUUGCUGGCACGAUGCGCCACGGUCUGAUCCCUAAUCUGCUGGGUCAGGGUGUCGCAGCCCGUUAUAACUGCCGUGAUGCAGUAUGGUGGUGGCUUCAGUGUAUCCAGGACUACUGUAACAUCGUGCCCAAUGGCACAGAUAUUCUAACAUGUCCUGUGUCACGUAUGUAUCCCACUGAUGAUUCUGAGGCGCAGCCCCUGGGGACAGUGGAUCACGACCAGCCAUUAUAUGUGGUCAUUCAAGAGGCUAUGCAGCGUCAUAUGCAGGGAAUAGAGUUCAGAGAGAGAAACGCGGGUCCUCAGAUCGACCACAACAUGCGAGAUGAAGGCUUUAACGUGGAGGCCAAAGUAAAUCUCAAGACAGGCUUUGUUUACGGUGGAAAUCGCUUCAACUGUGGGACGUGGAUGGAUAAAAUGGGAGAGAGCGACAAAGCCCAUAAUAGAGGUGUUCCAGCCACACCCAGGGAUGGCUCUGCGGUGGAGAUUGUAGGUCUUAGUAAGUCAGCGGUGCGCUGGCUGAUGACGAUGAAUGAGAGUGGAAAUUUUCCAUACUCCUCUGUCACAAUACACAGAGAUGGAGCGGAACAGUCAGUGUCAUAUAAGGAGUGGAAUCAACUGAUCCAAGAGAAUUUUGAAAGGUUAUUCUAUGUGUCAGAUGACCCUGCGGACCCAAAUGAGCAACAUCCUGACUUGGUCCACAAGAAAUGCAUUUACAAAGACAGUUAUGGGGCCUCUAGCCCCUGGUGUGACUACCAGCUCAGGCCUAAUUUCACCAUCGCCAUGGUGGUGGCACCAGAGUUGUUUACAAUGCAAAGAGCCUGGAAGGCUUUAGAGAUUGUUGAAAAGAAGCUGCUCGGUCCUCUGGGAAUGAAAACACUGGACCCAGAUGAUCUGGUAUAUUGUGGCAUUUAUGACAAUGCUUUGGAUAAUGACAACUACAACUGUGCGAAAGGAUUCAAUUAUCACCAAGGACCUGAAUGGCUGUGGCCAGUUGGAUACUUCUUACGAGCCAAACUUUAUUUCGCUAAGGAAAUGGGCCAAGAGAAGUACAACGAAACUGUGUACCUGGUGAAGAAUGUUCUGUCUCGACUUUAUACCCAUUUAGAAAGAUCACCUUGGAAGGGUUUACCUGAGCUGACCAAUGAAAAUGGACAGUACUGUCCAUUCAGUUGUGAAACACAGGCCUGGUCUAUCGCUACUGUUCUGGAGGCCCUCUAUGAGCUAUGAUUAUGUCAAGGACCUUGCAGAUCUCAUAUACUUCUUGCCACCUAACUGAGAAGUUCAUUAUUUUACAUUCACAACCUUGUGCAGACAUAAUUGCAUGCUGUUACUCUCUGAGAUUUUGUUAGUGUUUGGUAGAAAUGCAUUUACAUUGAAUCAUUUAGCAGACGCUUUUAUCCAAAGUGACUUACAAAUGAGGAGAGAACUAGAAGCAAUCAACAAUAGGGCAACAAUAUGGAUGUUGUUUGACCUGUCCCAGUUAGUCUAGCACAGUUCACAUAGCAAGUUUUUUUUUUUUUUUUUUCAAAUUUUAAAUAGAUAUAUAGAGUGUAUGCACUGACGUCACUUUCCUGCUGGAACAUGGCCCCUCAGUCAGACUGAGUGGAGUGCUGCACGAGUGCAUUUAAUAGGGGAAACUGCAAAAACGCAAGUAAAAAUUGGGAUUUAGACCUACCUCAAUUGUAUUUUUAUAAAGUGUUCACAGGUAAUUUGCUUUAUGUUUUUGUCAUGUUGAAAUCAUGAACAUAUAAAUGUCUGGAAACACGA